CUGAAAUAGAAGUACCUCUAGUUUUAGAAAACAUACAGAAAUUCAUGUUUGAAUACUCGAACAUGCGCUUAAUAAUGUAAUAAGUUUUAUAGAUAUUCCGUGCGCAAGGCCCGAGAGUGUUAACUUUAUAACGUUAGCUCCAUACAUUGUACGCUUUGUUUUCUCUUCCAAUAUUGACAGCACUGCCGUCUGUACGUACUUAUAAAAGUUAUCUAAUUAACAUUACCACAUGCAAGCAAAGAAAUAUAAAAUAAUCUAGCUAUAGAUUAGAUGUAGUCAUCAAAAGAGCCUAUUUUAUUUACAUUGACAUCGAUAAGAACGAUACGAAUGUGUACAGAGUACAUUAUUAGUAAUAGUAAUAUUUUAUUGAUAAAUCAUUUAUUUUCAUCAAGGGCCGCAAGAAAUCACCGUGUGCAGUAACUUUCCGACGACUGGUGCAGCUACACGUCUAUGUUUACCUAAGUACAUCCACACGAGAUAGAUUCAUCACUAAAACUGUUCGGCACUAUCACAGUUCGACACUGCACCUCAAUAUUUCGGUUCAACUUUACAAAUUCAAAUUCAGUUUCCGAAUAACGGUGUUCGCGUUUCAAAUAAUUAAGUUUUAGUCGUUCUAUUUUGUUUAUUUCUAAAUGGCAAACAUGUUAAUAAGGACUAGACGGUACAAGUGCUACAAGGAAGCUGCGAUCUUAAGAGUGAUUUUGUUUUUGGGGAUACCCUCGUUUUAUUUAUUAUUUCUUAGUGAUAAUACAGGACAAGAACAUUUUGAUGUGGCACCAGGUAAUGAGCCUUUUGUGUCACGUAAACUGCUCGGAGUCGUCGAGCGAGCCGAGCAGAACUGCACUCACGCAGCCAUUUUGGAAUUCCCUCCGGACGGCCUGUCUAGAUAUCAAAGGCAACAUGGUUACAUAUUCAUUCACUGCGUAUUGGCAAUAUAUUGCUUUCUGUUGCUCGGGACAGUCUGUGAGCAGUAUUUCGUGCCGGCCAUCGAGAUGAUAUGCGAACGCCUGGACAUCGGGAUGGACAUAGCUGGAGCUACCUUCAUGGCGGCUGCCAGUUCGAGCCCCGAGCUGUUCAUCAACUGUGUCGGCACCUUCGUGACUGAAGGUGACCUCGGGGUCGGCGCUGUCGUCGGCUCGGCGGUCUUCAACGUGCUGGCUGUGCCUGCGUGCUGCGCUCUUGUAGCUGGCAAGGUGGUGGAGCUGGACUGGUGGUCGGUGUCCCGGGAUUGCGUGAUGUACGCCAUCGCGGUAGUGACACUCAUACUCACGCUACUCGACGACGUGAUUUACUGGCACGAAGCCCUCCUCCUUGUGCUAAUGUACACUCUCUACAUAUUAGCAAUGGUGUUCAACGGCCGUUUGGGAACCUUCUUCAAGAGCGGAUGCUGUUCGUUCAAAAAACCAAAAGCAUACACAGAAAUAUCACCAUUACUCGCAAAUGAAAAACGGCACAUCUUAGACGCAGCUCGCCGUAUGAGCCACUCUGUGCAACACAACGAUGUGGAGACCGGAAUCCAUAUUAAAAGACACGACUCUACAGACUCAGAUUCGAGUAUCAGCUCGCUCUGGUCAUGGCCCGGGGAGAAGGUGACGGCCUGGAAGAAGCUGCUGUGGGUGUUCACGUGGCCCAUCAGCCUGGUGCUGUGGGCCACCAUCCCGGACUGCCGCCGCCGCCCCAGCUUCUACCCGCUCACCUUCAUCAUGUGCAUCACUUGGAUCGGGGGAGUUUCGUAUCUAGUCGCCUGGAUGAUCACCGUACUCGGUGACACUCUGAACGUGCCCGAUAGCAUAACAGGUCUGACGAUCCUCGCUGCCGGCACCAGUCUGCCUGAAGCCGUCUCCAGCGUCUUAGUUACUGUACAAGGUCACGGUACAAUGGGUAUAAGCAACUCCAUCGGAUCGAACACGUUUGAUAUUCUGCUCUGCUUAGGACUUCCUUGGCUGAUCAAAUCUUUGGCGUAUCCUUCAGUUCCGGGAAACCACUGGGUCACAAUCAACUCAAGCGGUCUCUCGUACAGUGCUAUAUCCCUAUUGUCAACUUUAUUCGCGUUGUACGGAUGUCUGCUGCUGAACAAGUUCCAGCUGGACUGGAAGAUCGGCAUCACCUGCGCCCUCAUAUACGUCGGCUACUUAGUGCUAGCCGCUCUGAUCGAAAUGAACGUUUUCUUUGUUGUUAACUUACCAAUUUGCCCACAUUAGAAACCUAGAGAAAUAGAAUACCUCAGCCGUAAUUUUGGAAGGCUGGAUUUCAAGUUCAAAUUUUUUCGAUUCGUAAUUAACAAUCCAUUUUAUCAAUGGAUUUAUUCGAUGAUUUUUUCUGUUGCUUUGAAUUCGGUGUUCAUAUGAGCCCUGGCUUGUACUUACAUUUAAGAAAGUUCACGAAGGAUUCUGUAUUCAGCUUUAUACCGCAGAGGUCAAUAUAUCUAGCUGGCCAGAUUGUGUUCAGACCCCCGACACCUCUAAUAAGAUAUGCAUGGAGGCAAUCUAUAGUUUGUUUUCAAGGCUUGUUUGCGCAUUGCAUGGAGUUUUAUUUCUAGUACUUAAAUAUUUUAAGUAGCAAGUAAUAUAAUGGAAUCGUAGGUUAAGUAGAUUAAGAUAAUUUCUCGAAUAUCUUUAUAAAUUGUCAAUUUACAGAAAUGCAUAUAUUUUUAAUGCAUGUGCAUUAUGGAAUUCAUGGUACUUAACUAUGUUCUUUGUGUACACCUUCAUGCCAUAAUUAUUGUUCCGGGAAUUGGAUAUCAAACGUAUAAUUUGAUUACUGUGUGAAAAGAAAAGAAAGAAAAUUAUUUGAA